AUGGCAUCUGUUGGUUAUGGCCGGGGGUUUGGUCGUGGGUUGUUACCUCCCGACAAUACGUCGGCAUUUCGGAAGACAAAAGAGGAUAUGCACUUGCCAUUCGGUGAGCUUACGCUGAUUACAGAAGACAGGUACAAGGAUGUUUUAGAAAAGGUCCAAGAAUGUUUCGUUAUCGAUGAGCCUAUUGGAAAAGCUGUAGGCAUUAAGUGGUCCCCAUUCUUUGAAUCAUUCUGGUUAAAGGCGCUAAAGACAGGAAUAUCAUUGAUGGUUGUUAAUCCCGAAGACAACGAUAUCAUUGGCUUCCGAAUAAAUGAAUACUCAUUAAGAAAAGAAAAUAUGCCGGAUUUGAAUAAGCUUGAUGACGAGAGUCUGAAAAUAAAGGAUGCGUUCUUGCUUUAUGCAAUAGGGAAAGCGAAUAUCUACGACCACUACAGCACUGAUGAAGCCGUUCAUUUCCUUGGACUUGGAGUCACAAGGAAAUAUAGAAAGCGAGGGUUUGGGACCUUGCUUAUGGAAAGUGGAAUAAAGUUGGCCAAGAACCUCGGCAUCAGCCCUUGCUAUAUCACAGGUGAAUGUUCCUCGAACUUUUCAAAGAGGAUUUAUGAACGGUUAGGUUUUGACGUUUUGUCUGGAACGGCCUAUGAAGAUUUUGAAAUCGAAGGAAAGAAAGUAUUCAGAAUACUGGAGAACACAAAUCGAUAA